GAAGCAGCAGCGGGAGUAAAGAGGUCUGAUGCAAGUGAUCCAAGUCAUGUAAACAGAGGAAAUGUUUCCGUGUGUCUGCAGAAAGCUGUCUUUGUUUAAUCGCGUUUAUCCUAUUACUCCAGCUGUUACAUUAAAUGGUAAGAGUCUUAUGGGAGUUCAUGGUGUCUGUGACAUAAAGCCGUGCUCUGUGUUAGUGUGAGGCGCAUCUGGAGCUGGAGGACAACAGUCUUUAGGAUUUAUGGAGUGACAUUUGGUCAUGGCUGAGGAUCCAGCAGCAGAAAUCCAGCUACUCAGACGCCAGAAGGUCAAGCUGGUAGAAAUUCUGAGCGCAGACGCUGACUUUGUCCUGCAGCAUGCAGACUCUCGCUGUCUGUUGUCUGUUCACGGCUACCAGCAGGUGAAAUCCUGCCGUGUUCCCAGUGACAAGGUGACAGACCUGUUGGAUCACAUCAUCCACAGAGGUCCUGAAGCAGCGCAGGGUCUGCUGGAGCUGCUGAACGACCAGGCCCUGCAGGAAACCUUCCCAUUGCUUUGCUUUCUAAAGGAUCUGCAGGUCAACACACUGGCUACAGGAAAAAAAGAAACAUCAAGAAAGAGAGAAACAGCUCCAGACUUAGAAGAGAUCAUUCCAGCCAAGCAGAUCUGCACCAAAGGCUCUCGCCUAGUGAAGGAGAAGCAGCUGAUGACCGUGGCUCGUACCAUUGGCAGAUCCUGGAGGGAGAUUGGCAGACUGGCUCUGGACAUCCCCAAUGUGAAGCUGGAACAGAUUGAAGAGGACCAUUCAAUCCAUGUAGAGCGAGUGUUUGCCAUGCUGCGCUACUGGAGCACCUGCCAGAGGGAGAAAGCCACCGCUGCUCGCCUGCACUCGCUGCUCAGUCAGGAGGACUGGGCACUGCCACCUGAGAGCAUUGACUUCCUGUUGGAGACUGACUGAGGCCUUCGCUGUCUGGUGCUAUGUGAGACUGAACCCUGAAACACAGAGACUGUCAUUCCACAUCAGGAAAUAAAUAACACUUGAAGUCUUGAAUACUUUAUAGAAUUACGCCACAGAGCCAUUAAGUACCACUGACGCCUUUUGUUCAAGGUUCUUCAUGUGUGUUUACAGUCCGUCUAUAUUGUUGCAACCUGAUUGUUGUACUGUAAUUUUACUAUGUUGGUUUUUUCUGUGCACACCAUGUGCACUGCAUGUGUCUCUGUCCCAGAAGAGGGAUCCCGCCUCUGUUACUCUUAUUGAGGUUUCUUUGUUUUUUUUUUAACUGUUAAAGUUUUUAAAGUGGUGGUGGGAGGUGUCAGUGAUCAACAGUGCUGGUCUUAUUUCAGCGACAGUGAAAGUGAAACCUCUGUCGCAGACAAAUGUCCAUCAUCAUAAAAUCAUGAAAGUUUUGCUAGAGUUGUGACAUGCUCCCUUGAUGUUGAUCAUUUGUUCUAAGGUGGUCUUUAAACUCAGUCCGGCUGUCUUAAGUCAGUCUUUUUCUUGUGGUGACAUUCUGAUAAAAUCAAACAUGUUUAAUGAUAUCUCAUGUGACCCUGCCACAUCCCCAGUCUUGUGACUAAAAACUCUGACUUUGUGUCUUCAGAUGUAAGACAGUGUCAUUCAGAGACUUCUAGUGUAUGGUAGGCAUUACACUUCUUGUCCAUGACAGCUUUAAUACAAAAAACUGAGUUUUGCUUUAUGAAAUUUCUUUGAAAUAGGUGCCUUUUGUUUUCUGUUAAAAGUGUCUGUACUGAGGAUUUUUAUUCUUCUUUCAGUCAAGGAGAAGUGGUCAUUUUUAUUAUCUCUGCCAGGCAUAAGCCAGUAGAGGACCAGGCGCUUUUAAGUGUGUGCAUGCAUGAGUGUGUGUGUGUGUGUGUGUGUGUGUGUGUGUGUGUGUGUGUGUGUGUGUGUGUGUGUCUGUCUGUCUGUCUGUCUGUCUGGCAGCUAAUCUUGCAAACUACUGGACCAAUCAGCCUAAUAUUUGGGCAAUUUGUGAGCAUAAUUAUGACUGUAUGGUCAAAGACCUCUCAUGGUUUGGGUGAUUCAAAGUUGUUAUAAAGCCCUUUUUAUUGACUGUUUUGUACCAUCAUUGACUGCUGACUUUGUACUUCUUUUAAUCGGCCAGCAGGGGCCACAUGUUUUCUGGAAAUCAGCUCAACUACAAAACAAGCAAAAAACAAUCUUUCUAAAGAAGUUAUAUUCUGGAUAUUAAACCUGUUUUGUUUAAGUAAUUAAAUA